ACCUAACGCAUUAAAUCGAGGCACAGGCGAGGGGAGACCUUUCAUUCAAAACAUGAACAUUCCUGGAACCGCGACUACUACUUCUCCGACUUGAUUUGGAAGAACACUUUAUUUUAUCGAAUAUCAACGAUACAUUUAUGAUAUUGCCCCCGAUAAACUUAUGCUUAAGUUGUCUUACAAUUGCUAUAUUCGAGGAAACCUCAAGUGCUCGCAGGAGCUGAUGAGAUACAGUCAGUUUGCUAUGUCUUCGUCUAGAGAUAAAUUCAGAGGUUGUUUGGUUGGUGCAAUCAUUGGCGAUUGCUUGGGUGCACCGUUUGAAGGCUCGAGUAGAGGAUGUAUUUCAAGAGAAAAAAUUGAAACUUUGAUUGGCUUACAGUCAAAGAAGUUAGCCAAAGCAAGCAAUGGAUCCUUUGAGUACACAGAUGACUCGGCUAUGGCAAGAUCAAUCUGUGCUUCUCUGCUCGCAAAGAAUUGUUUUGAUGGAUCUGACCUAGCAAGCAGAUUUUCAACUGAAUACAUACAGAGAAGCGACAGAGGCUAUGGCUCUGGGGUAAUCACUAUAUUUGACAAAUGGAAAGAGAAUGGAACAGACAGUGACCCAUUUCUUGCAGCAAAAGAGCAGUUUGGAGGCUCUGGGUCUUAUGGUAACGGUGCGGCAAUGAGAGUAGCACCAGUUGCUUUGUUUGAAAAAGAAGAGGAGGAUGUCAUCAAGGUAGCUGAAGAAACUUCAUUGUUAACUCAUUCAAACAAAUAUGGCGUGAAUGGUGGGAUUCUGCAAGCUGUUGCUGUUCAUAAGGUUUUGUUUGCACCCUCUGAAAUAAACAAGACAGAUUUGAUUAACAGUCUUAAGGAAGCAAUGCAAAAAAUCGAGGUCGUAAAAUCCAAGCAGAACUUUAGAGAUGACCAGGUGUCACUAUCUGCUGAUCAGGAUUCAACUGUCCGGUUUAGCAGGCGUAGCAGUUUUUCUUUCACAAAACAACUCGAGAGAAUGACCCAACUUAUUGAUAGUGGAGAGGAGUCAAAUGAUGUAAAUCGCAUUGUUGAGUGCCUGGGAAACGACAUUUCAGCACAGGAGGCUGUUCCGGCUGCCAUCUUUUCGUUUAUCAAAAAUUCAAAUACAAACUUUGAAGAAGCACUUAUAUAUGCAUAUACACUCGGUGGUGAUACAGACACUAUUGGAACAAUGACGGGGGCAUUAGCUGGUGCCCAUUUUGGUUUUUCUUCAAUUCCUGACCAAUGGAAACGUGUUUGCGAGGGCGUUGAUGAUGCCUUGUGCUACGCUGACCAGUUUUACAACCGUAUGUUUCCAGAAUAAUCAGGCAAUCAUUCACCUCAACAGAAAUAUAAACGGGACCUACCACCUACCCCCGGUUAAGAAUAGCUCACGUUUUGGAAUGAAAGCGCAUGCACACUGAAAACGUUCCUAUUGCGCAUGCUCUUUUUCUGCGCGACGAAAGUUUUUUUAUUUGCUAGAAGACGUUCCCUGUGCUCGUCUUCCUAGCUGUUACGUUUGGCAUUAUCUGCUGUGUCUAUGCCAUACAGCACCACCUGCCUGCAUGUCGUCAACUUCAAACCAUAUUGUAAUACACCUAAGUACCGUAAAGAUACGGCUAAGUUUUAUUUAAUCUGUAAAUACCGCCGUAAGCAUGUUUUGAAUGAACAUCAUACGGAUGACUAAAGCAACAGUAGGGGUUCACCUCUAAAAAAACCUUUGUGGCAUUUGGCUACCUGCGUUAACAAUACAGAAUAUACUUACAGGGCCACUGUGAAUGCAAAACUAAGGAAAUCAAUGUUCUAUCAAUUCCCACAAUACGACAUCAUGUUGUUAAUAGACGGUCAGAUUGUAGAUCGCCGAACCGGCAGUAGGAAGAAAGAGAUAAACUAACAACGGAAAAUAAGGAAAUAACUUUGAGAUUCCUCUGCAUUUUAAUAACAAUGUUCCUAUGGAUGGUUUUCAAGACUAUACAUUGUUGUGUUUUUGGGCCUUUCCGAAUUGAGUUAAUGUACAAUAUGCUUUAUUAAUUAACUGCAAAACUUCAGAAUGUUACUAUGCAAGACAAAGACAGAUUAACAUGAAAUCGUGUUAACGGCUUUAGUGUACUUUAAACAUGCAUAUGUGAGGUUACAUGGAGUAAAUGAAAUGCCUUAUUUUCAUUAAGUUGGUUGCGAUGAAUCUUUGUUGAUUAUGAUAAUUUUUUAUAAUGGUAUUCAUUACUUCGUUGUAAUCUCAUUCCUUCAAAUCCUCGAUCUCCGACAUAAAUUUGUUUUUACG